GGAGGCGGGAGCGCGGGCCCGAGAGCUAGCGCCGCCAUGCCUAGCUCCACCGGACAGCCCGACGGCGGCGGGGGCGCGCGCGGCGGCGGACCCGGGACGCCGGUCUGCGGGGACCCCAGCCCGGGUCCCCCGCCGCCGCCGCCGCCCCCGCCCGAGGGCGCCGAUGAGGCCGCGCCCGCGCCCCGGCCGCCGCCCGAGCCCGACGACGCGGCCGCCGCGCUGCGCCUGGCCUUGGACCAGCUCUCGGGGCUGGGGCUGGGGGGCGCGGGCGACCAGGACGAGGAGGGGACGACCGCAGGCGGCGGAGACGGAGCGGGUGCAGCGACUGGGGGCGCAGACGGCGGGGCCGCGGCGGAACCGGCGCCCCCCGACGGGCCUGAGACGGGGGCGCCCGGGGUGGCCGUGGCCCCCGGUCCGCUGCCGCUGCUGGAGCCGGACGUGAGCCCCCCGCCGCCGCCUCGGCCGUCGCCGCCCGACGUGUUCGCUGGCUUCGCGCCCCACCCCGCGGCGCUGGGCCCCCCGACGCUGCUGGCCGAGCAGAUGAGCGUGAUUGGCAGCCGCAAGAAGAGCGUGAACAUGACCGAGUGUGUGCCCGUGCCCAGCUCCGAGCACGUCGCCGAGAUCGUGGGUCGCCAGGGGUGCAAGAUCAAGGCUCUGCGAGCCAAGACGAAUACCUACAUCAAGACUCCAGUGCGAGGGGAGGAGCCGGUCUUUAUCGUGACUGGCCGCAAGGAGGACGUGGAGAUGGCCAAGCGUGAGAUCCUGUCGGCCGCCGAGCACUUCUCCGUGAUCCGGGCCACGCGGAGCAAGGCGGGCGGUUUGCCGGGUACCGCGCAGGGCCCUCCCAACCUGCCCGGACAGACCACGAUCCAGGUGCGCGUACCCUACCGCGUGGUGGGGCUGGUGGUGGGGCCUAAGGGCGCCACCAUCAAGCGCAUCCAGCAACGGACGCAUACAUACAUCGUGACGCCCGGGCGCGACAAGGAGCCGGUGUUUGCCGUGACGGGCAUGCCCGAGAACGUGGACCGGGCGCGCGAGGAGAUCGAGGCCCAUAUCACACUGCGCACGGGGGCCUUCACCGACGCUAGCCCGGACAGCGACUUCCACUCCAAUGGCACAGAUGUCUGCUUGGACCUGCUCGGGGCGGCCGCAGGCCUCUGGGCCAAAGCCCCCAACCCAGGCCGACGGCCCCCAGCCAGCCUCCGUGGGGACACUGCGCUGGGCGCCCCGGGAGGCCCUGAGUCCUUCUACGCGGGCAGCCGCGGGGGGCCGCCGGUGCCUGUGCAGGUGCCAGACGCUGGCCCGGCCAGCCCCUACAGCGCUUCUGGCAACGGGGGCUUCACCUUCGGCGGGGACGGUCCCGGGGCCCCCACGGGGCCCCCCGCCCCCGAGGACUGCGACUUUGGCUUCGACUUCCUGGCGCUGGACCUGACCGUGCCCACCGCGACCACCAUCUGGGCGCCUUUCGAGCGGGCCACCCCGCUGCCGGCCUUCGGCGGCUGCUCGGCGGUCAACGGGGCCCCCGCGCCACCAGCCCCAGGUGCCCGCCGCAGCAGCGGGACGGGCACACCACGCCACUCGCCCACGCUGCCAGAGCCCGGUGGUCUGGGCCUGGAGCUCCCGCUGGCCCGCCGGCCUACACCGGACCCAGUGGGCGCCCUGCCUUGGCGGCCCCCACAGGGCUCCCUGACGUCCUUCUCAAGCAGCGCCAGCUUCUCCACAGCCACCUCGCUGCCCAGCAGCUCGUCGGCCUCCUCCUGCUCGGCGCUGGAUUCCAGUGCCCAAGAGAGCGGCCGUAAGCCCCCAGCGGCCCCAGCGCCCGCGGCCCUGGCGCGGGAGUGCGUGGUGUGCGCCGAGGGUGAGGUGAUGGCCGCGCUGGUGCCCUGCGGCCACAACCUCUUCUGCAUGGACUGCGCCGUCCGCAUUUGCGGCAAGAGCGAGCCGGAGUGCCCGGCCUGCCGCACACCCGCCACCCAGGCCAUUCAUAUCUUUUCCUAGCUGGGCCCCUCGCGCGCCCGCGGUCCCACCCCCUGGGGCCUUCAGUGGGCGCAGGGUGGGUGCGCAGGGCCUGGAGGGGAGGAAGGGGGCGGGGCAGCGGGCUGCGCGGCCAGUGUUUACAGAUGAGCUUUAACUCUUCCGGUCCCAGGCGUGGAGACGACGCGGCCAAGCGGCACCUCAGUUCUUAAUAAAUGACAGUAUUGAGUCGACAGGUUAAAAUAAACCAGAGAGAAAAGGCCUGCUUGCCUGCUUGCACUUUUUAUUUAAGACACUCCCUACCCCUUACCCCCACCCCCCGCCCCCAGCCCAAGGUGAUCUUUUUAAGAAGAAAAAAACAAAACACGAUUUUUAAAACUCUGGGGUGUACUUCUUUUGUAUGUAGCGGAUAUCAAUUUGACAGUGUUUGUUUUCCCACGGUCUCAACCUCUGCAGAAACUUCCAGGAGGAGGAUGGCUCCCUUUGGGGGGAUCAUAUGGUUACCCUGUAGUAUGUAAGCCGCGCGCAGGCCGGAGGGGGGUGGGGGGGGGGAGGGGCGAGGGGCGUCCGGAACUUUCUAACUUUUUUUUAAUUAUUAAUCCCUUUCUGCUGUGGUUUCUGUUGACAGUUUUUAAUUUUUGUUGUUUUUAAAAAAGAAAAACUUUUACUUUUUACCUCUUGUGUAUAUGUAGGGAAUUUAUAGGGAAAUAUGUACUUUAUGGAAUAAAUUUUAAGACUAAAAUAUAUUUUAUUUUAAAUAAAGUAACGGACCUUUAAUCUUACACAGCUAAAUUACUGAUUAUAUAUUUGCUGAGCUGACCUAAGGGUUCAGAAAAUUGUAUCAAGAGUUUUAUUUUUUGACUUCAAAGCCUUCUUAAUAAAGUCUUUUUACUACACGUGA